GCGACGUGGUGUCCGGCGCCUUCAAGGAGGGAGAUGUGGCGCCUCGUUUGCGCGCGGCGGCCGCCGCUUCUGCUUCUGACGGCGCCGGCGCUGUUGCUGCUGCUGCUGCUGCUUUGCUUGCGCGCUCCGGGCUGCCGGGCGCAAUUCGAGCGCUACAGCUUCCGCAGCUUCCCCCGCGACGAGCUGAUGCCCUUGGAGUCGGCCUACCGCUACGGCCUGGACCAGUACGGCGCCGAGAAGUGGCCCGAGAGCGUCAGCUACCUCGAGGUCAGCCUGAGGCUGCACCGCUUGCUGAGGGACAGCGAGGCCUUCUGCCACGUCAACUGCAGCUCGGCCCGAGCCCGGGACUAUGAGGCCGCUGGCGGCGGCGGCGAGCCCGGGCGCUUCGAGGGCUUCGCGGAGCUGCGCUUCUUCGGCGACCUGCUGCGCCGCGCGCAGUGCCUCAAGCGCUGCAAGCAGGGCCUGCCGGCCUUCCGCCAGUCGCAGCCCAGCCGGGAGGUGCUGGCCGAGUUCCAGCAGCGGGAGCCCUACAAGUUCCUGCAGUUCGCCUACUUCAAGGCAAACAACUUCCCAAAAGCCAUUGCAGCAGCACACACAUUUCUCCUGAAACAUCCUGAAGAUGAGAUGAUGAAAAGGAAUAUGGCAUACUACAAAAGCAUGCCUGAUGCUGAGGACCAUAUUAAAGAUUUGGAAAUGAAAUCAUAUGAGAAUCUCUUUAUCAGGGCAGUAAAGGCCUACAAUGGAGAAAAUUGGAGGACUUGCAUCACAGACAUGGAGCUGGCAAUUCCUGAUUUCUACAAAGCCUAUGAUGAUUGCAUAGCUGCCUGUGAAGGCUCCCGGGAGAUCACGGAUUUUAAAGAGUUCUAUCUGUCCAUAGCAGAUCACUACAUUGAAGUUCUGGAGUGCAAACUGAAGUGCGAAAUUGAUCUCACGCCAGUCAUAGGAGGCUAUGUUGUGGAGAAAUUUGUAGCAACUAUGUAUCACUACUUGCAGUUUGCCUAUUAUAAACUGAACGAUCUGAGAAAUGCCGCCUCGUGCGUUGUUAGCUACCUGCUCUUUGACCAGACGGACGGAGUGAUGAAACAGAAUCUAGUCUAUUAUCAGUACCAUAAAGACAAAUGGGGACUCACAGAUGAAGACUUCCAGCCUAGACCUGAAGCUGUUCGGUAUUACAACAUAACAACACUUCAGAGGGAAAUGUAUGAAUUUGCUAAAGAGCACGUGAUGGAUGAUGAUGAAGGUGAAGUAGUAGAAUUCCUUGAUGAACUCUUGGAAGUGGAUGGUGGAACACAGUGACUCUUAACAACUGAAAAGGCAAAAGAGAUUUAAGAAGUGACUGCUCACCCUUGUUCCUUCAUAUCUCCAUGUGUCACCUUUACUCAGGAGUUUAAAAAUACCUCAGAUAUUUCCUAAACUUGCUCAUCUGCCACUUGCAUCCUCCUGUGAGUUUUCCGUCAUGUUGUGCACCUGUAUCCCCUUCAUCUUUAACAUGAUUUUUUAAAAAAAUAUUGUUGCUAUUUUUGAGCUAUCACAAAGAUCCCCUCUGUUCAUUUAGCUCAGCAAAUUCAUCGCAGCUUGGUUGAAGCACAAACAUUAUUUUCAUAGAAUAUAAUCGAAUAAUAUGAGAAAGGAGUAGCAUUGAAAGGAUGCUAUGUUGUUUUACAUGUAGCAGUUUUAUUUUUUUAUUCUGACAAAUUGACACAGUGGGCCACUUCAUAACCUCAGUCAAACCAUGGCUUUCCAUAAACUAGGCCCUCCUCAAUCACCCCUCCACUGCUUCAAUCUCACGGUGGCUUAUUCUGGUUUGUUGAUUGACAUUCAGCCUGAAUUAGAACAUACAGUGGUACCUCGGUUUAAGAACAGUCUGGUUUAAGAACGAUUUGGUUUACAAACUCCACAAAACCGGAAAUGGUGUCUUGGUUUGAGAACUUUACCUUGGUCUAAGAAUGGAAUCUGAACGGUGGAAGGGCACCAGCAGCGGGAGGCCUCAUUAGGGAAAGCACACCUCGGUUUAAGAAUAGUUUCGGUUUAAGAACGGACUUCUGGAACCGAUUGAGUUCGUAAACCAAGCUACCACUGUACUAUGGAAUCCUGAUACACACUCCCAGCUUCAUAAACCAUGGUUUGUGAUAAACCAUGAGAGCACCACGGCUAGAGAUUGAGAUUAACCAUGGUUUAUGAAGUCUCAAAUCGCCCUUCAGCUGAAAGCACGUACUUUGAAGUAGAAAAAUCGACUUAGCGAGAUCCCUGGAGAAAACAAGAUUGUGACCGUACUGUGUUUAAACCAGGAGUGGCUAACCUUAUUUAUCCUGAGCAGUGAGUGUGACUAGAAUGACAGAAUGUGUAGACAUACUUGCCAUAUGUAUACAUCUCUCUCACACACCCCUCACAGGAUGUAUACAGCACCAAAACUCAUUCUCCUCCCCGCUUGGGAACUAACAAACAAAUCCCACGCUGGCCCUUCUUAGCUGCUGGAGAUUAACAUAGUUAGAACCAAGCUGUCUUUCAUGGAUCAAAUGCACAGAAACACAUCUGUCCUUAUGGGUAAGAGUUGUUUAGACUCUAUCGUGGCAGGAGCAACUUCCGUUAGGAUCUAGUCCUGCAAACAAUUGUUUACUUGCACGACUGGUUUGCCUUAAUUAUACCUGUCCAUUUAUUUGAAUGGUGAUUCUUGUUGAAUAAGGAAUGAAAAUCAGUUACAUCUAUGGGACCAAAUUCAGUACUCGGGUACAGCAGAGCAAACAACGGGUUUAGGAGUAAUUAUCCUAGCAGGUUUCCCUACAGAAACAAUGCCAUUUAUCUAACUCCUCUCCCUAUUGAUGCUUCAGUGAGGAACAUGUUACAGACCUAUGCUCGUAAUUAUUACGGUGCAAACAUUUAUUUAUUGUAAUAUUGUGUGUGGAUUUACUUUAUUUCUUUAACUACGUAGGAAAUUCACCCAGGGUUGCUAACUUAAAAAAAACCCUAGCCCCUAUUUCUCUGCCUUUAACUCCAGCUUGAUGUAGAGGCAUUUUUAGGUGAUAAUGUUUAUCUCCAAACUCUGAAAACACCACCUACUGAUUUCUGCAAACUGCUAUAAAAGGCACAGCAGCAGGCCAGUCUUCUUUUCUGGCUGGUUGGCAAACCUAACAGUGCCUCCUAGUGGAAGCCUGGGUACAGAGCUUUUUUAGGAAAUGGAAAAGAAAAAGAAACCAAAAACCCAGCAAACAAGUUGCAUUAGAGUACAACAAUUUAACAUAUUUUUAAUUGCAGCUGGUGAAAUUAUCACUUUGCUGUGCUUUAUGGAAUUCUCUGGUUCAGGAAACAGCAACUGUGCUUUUGGUAGAGUCUGUUUCUUAAUUAUUUGUUAAAAUAAAUCAUUCCAAACAGAGGUUA